UUCUGUGAAGUUCCACAUUAACAUGCAAGGGCUCCAAACCCUUAGGUGAGUCCUAACAUUCAUAAACUGCCAUAUAUAAAAGACCCUUCAGUUCUAUCCUAAGUUCCUAAAUCAACCCCAAAAUUCAGAGACCUUUAAAAAGUCUAUUCUGCAAAUUCUGAGCAUGGCUUUGGCAGUGGAGAUGAGAGCUAUGGUUGUGUUCUUGGUCAUGUAUAUAUCCUUCUUGCGGGUCUCCAUUGCAGCUGUUUACAAGGUAGGAGACUCCACUGGUUGGACCACCAUUGGCAAUUUUGAUUACAAGAAUUGGUCUGCUACUAAGACCUUCCAACUAGGUGAUAUCAUCCGUUUUGAGUACAAUCCUCAAUUCCACAAUGUGAUGCAAGUCAAACACCCUGAGUUCCAGUCCUGCAAUGCAUCUUCCCCUAUUGCGACCCACACAACCGGCAAUGAUUCCAUCACCAUCACAGCCCAUGGCCACCAUUUCUUUCUCUGUGGCGUCCCCGGACACUGCCAAUCUGGCCAGAAAGUUGACAUCAAUGUUCGUCGCGCUUCUUCAUUGCCGCCUUCUCCUUCUGCAUUGCCCUCUCCUUCCAUUCCUGCUGCCUCAGUAUCUCCGCCUUCUCCGAGUGGCACAGCUCCAUUGUAUGCCUUGAAUAGGCCUCUUGCUAAGCUUGGUUUGUCUAUAGCUGUUUUUGCUGCAUUUGCUUGUGGUUUUGCUUAAUCAGCAGAGUAUCCCAGAGUAUUGGUCAUUGGCAUUUGGGCAGUCAAUGUUUUGAUGGAAGCCAAAUGGGGUUAUUGGUUAGAGUCAAGUUCAUCAUUGAACAUAUAGGUAAUUUGUAUGUGAAUUUGCAAUAA